AUGAAGAUCUGUCUUGUAAUCGUCGCGCUCGUACACGCUGUCACAUCAUCACCUGUGUCAGCAUCCUCCUCCUCAUCAUCGUCAUCGCCGUAUUGUCUCCCAAUGAACCAAGCUGACUACGAAUCACGAGAAAGAAACGGCCAUCUCUUCUAUCCAAACCAAGAUGCAUUCGCCGUUCAGAGUUUUAACAUUAGCGACGUGGAUAUGGGUAGGGAAGAAACAUCAAGCUGUCCGUACGAUGGCCUUUCCAGUGCCAAGAGCUGCCCAAACGGCGCCGAACCAAGUGCUUCUGAACCAACCAACGCCAACCAGGAUGGAAUGUGCCCGUGGACCUACGUCGAGUGCUUCGACCCCGAUCGAAUCCCGAUGUCUAUCAGCAUGGCGCAGUGUCAAUGUUCAGCGUGUUUAGACCCUUACACCCACAUGGCUGAUCCUAACUUGCGAUGCCAACCUAUCUUUCAUAACAUGAAAGUCCUGAGAAAAACCCAGUGUGUGGAUGGUCUCUUUCGAUAUGAGGAGGAGACUGUGAAUAUCCCGGUAGCGUGUGCAUGUAUGAGACAACGAGUUGCUUAA